AUGUCGUUUGCUAACUACGACCUUGAGGCCCAGAAACCUGCCUCCACAAAUGGUGGCGGGUCUGAACUCGACAAGAUCUUCUCCUCCACAUCCACACAAAUCCAGACCUUCGGCUCUUUAAUAUCACAGUUUAACUCCCAGCGUAGGCUCGUGGGAAGCAAAAGAGAUAGCGCCAAUCUUCGAGAAAAGCUUGAUUUGCUACAGACCAAAAUCGCCGGUUUGGAUGCCGCCAUAGCAGGACUCACGGUCAACAUCAACAAAGCAAUUGACCAAAGCUUGGAAGUUACUGAGCGUCAGACAAUGCAAAAGGAGAGGAUUUCUCAGGACUACGCCAGUCUUCAUAAAAGUUUCAAAGAGGCACUGGAUCAGUACAACAGCAGAAAAGUGGCCAUACCUCUCAAGUCUUUAGAUACAGAGGAUACGCCGCUUUUGCAGAAGCAGCCAGGGCAGCAAACUCAGCAGCAGCAGCAACUCACUCAAGAGCAGAUCGACCAGACAGAGCUUCAGUACCACCUUCUUUUGACAGAGGAAAGAAAUAGGGAGAUUGACCGGGUAGCCGCCAGCGUCCAGGAAGUGAAUUCCGUCUUCAAAGACCUUAGCACAUUGGUUAAUCAACAGGGAGAGCAGCUAGACACAAUUGAAGAAAACGUGCAAGAACUCCAUGGUAACACGCAACAGGCUUCACGUGAGCUCCACAAGGCUCAUGAAUACCAGAAACGUAAAGGCAAAUGGAGCUGUAUCUUGCUUAUAGCGCUUCUGGUGAUUGUUCUCGUGAUAGUGUUGGCUGUGGUAAGCUGA